AUGCAAGAUGAUGAAUCUUUAAUUGACUUUUUAAAGAAAAAAGAUAUAUUUAAAGAAAGUCGGCUGAGAAGCCUCUACUCUGAUUUCAGAAACCUUUAUUCCAAGAAUCCAGAGGGAUUUAAAGCUAAUAUACAAACGUGGAAAGAUGCGGUAGAAACAGCAAGCUUCCAUAAUAAAUUGAAAUUUAAGUUAAUUAUUCGUUUCGAUGAAAGCCUCGAAAAUGCCUUUUUUAGUUCGUCGUUUGGGAAACCCUUAAGUUUAGGAAUGAUUGCCAAUUACUUACAAGAGAAGAGUGUAUGGCCCGAGGUUAACGAGUUUCUACAUGCGUGCAAGAAUCCUGAUCUGGGAUUGCAAUCUUAUUUUUCUCUAUAUUCUUGGUUACAUUGGGGAGGUAGAAUCAUCAGCUCUCAAAUACAAAGAGGAAAUCUGUUUGAAUCCUCCUAUUCGAAGGACACUCUAGUCCUUUUGAAAAACGUAGAAUUACUGGCCAGCCUUAUACGAAAAGAAGCUCACCGAUUACAGAGUACGUACACAAGCACUAUAUAUACAUGGAAUUCGUUCCAAGCCACAUUUGGACCGAUACUAUGGAAAGGAACAGUACUUUCUACUGUGGAAUUGGAAUGCUUGUUACAAUGGAUGUGCCAUCGUAUACGUUUAAUUGUCUUUGACAAGGAUACUAUCAAGUUUUUACCCAAUGAUUCCCAAGAAGGGAUCCUUGAAAGUGUUGAUAAAUCAAUCGCAGCAAUCGUGGAAUCCAGAAGCUUUAUAUCGAAAAGCAAGGAUCUUGUUAACAAAAAGAUUGAGGACAUUUCCCUGGGGGUUCGGGAAUCGAUUUCAAAGGCAGAGAAAUUAACAGCCCUUACGUAUCUACGGAGAAAAAAAGUUCUGCUGAAGGAGUCCGAUAGGAAAGAAGCAGCUCUUCUCCAAGUAGAUUCUUUGCUUUCCAGUAUUGAUGAGGCUUUUGAAAAUAAAUUACUUUUGUCAGCGCUUUCCUCGGGUUCUGAAGUUCUCAAAUCUGUUGUCAGUCAAAUGGGUGGUAUUGAGCAUGUGAAUGAGAUUUUGAACUCUGUCCAGGAAGCUAAAUUUGAUUUUCAAGAAAUUGAUUCUGCCAUUACGACAACAACCGCUCCGGAAACUGAUAUUAACUCAGAAGAACUCGAAAAAGAAUGGGAAGAUCUUGUCAAAGAGGAUAAGAAAGAAGAGGAUCUCACUGCUAUGCUUAAUAGAGUGUCUUUAAAUCCACCAUCGAAACCCAUACCUUCUUUAAAAGGCCAGCUAUCAAAAGAAUCAACUUUAACUCAGAAAGAAGCUGAGCCAUCUACAUAA